GACAAAAAUAAGAAGAACCAAAUCAUAUCUUCUUUAUUUGAAAAUAACAAAAUUUGCUUACAUCCACCAUUGUUGCGAACUUUUCAUCAUCGUCUGUGAGGAAAUCCUCAAAAGGAACAAUGGCGUCCUUUGGUACAGGGCCCUUUCAUUCAAGACCAGGGCUGAGCAGCAGAUCGAAUAAUGCUCAGAGCGAUGAAAUUCAAUUAAGGGUUGACCCAAUUCACGGAGACAUUGAUGACACGAUUUCUGAUCUUCAUCACAAGGUUUUAGGGCUCAGAAAUGUAGCUCAGGCGAUAGAGUCUGAGACCAAAUUCCAAAAUGAUUUUCUAAGCCAGUUGGAAAUGACAGUACUCAAAGCUCAGGCUGGAGUUAAGAACAAUAUGAGAAGAUUAAAUAGAAGCAUAAUACAACAUGGUUCUAGUCAUGUAGUGUAUGUGAUUACAUUUGGUUUGUUAAUCUUCUUCAUCCUCUAUCUAUUAUCCAAAUUUUCAAGAAGAUAAGCAAUACGAAUUUUAAAAAAUGAUCAGUGAUUUACCGUGGGCCGAAGGUGGAAAUGCACGGGCAAAAGCAUGUGUGGUAUGUUCAGAGUUGGAAGUUUCUGCCUGACGGUAUUUUGGAUUGGAAAUUUAUUUUUUAGUGUACAGUUAAAAUGGAUGGGCAAAAAAUGUUUCUGAUGUUAAAUAAGUUGGCCAACUGAUACGCUUGGAUCAGAAUUAUUCUAAAUGCAACUAACCAUGAUUUCAUGUA